UAUCUAUGGAAAUGAACUUAACCACAUUUCGCCUAAUAGAUCAUAACAGAUAAAUCUGCUGCUUAAACCGCGAAAAUAAAAUCCUCGUUUUUGAAGUGGAAGUCAAAAUUCAAGGUAUAAGAUGACCAAAAUUAACGAAAAGGAAACCAAAAAUAAAAGAGAUAUCAUUAAUGGAGCUUUAUUAACUGAAUUUGCUGAGAGAAAGGUUAGUAUUAUUGGAUCAAUCGUUAAUGCAGCUCCAAAUGGACUUACUUUUGAGAUGAGGACUACAGACGAUGUCUUGUUAAAAGUCAUUUUAAAAAAGCCUUAUAAAGACUUGCUGGAAGGAUAUAUCGAGGUUCAUGGAUUAGUUCAGAAAAAUGUAAUAGCCUGUGAUGAUUUUGUCUUAUUUCCCAUUGAAAAGAAUGAGAACUUUGAUGUUGCUGCUUACAAUCAACUAUGUAAUCGUUUACACACUAUCCCAUAUUUAUGGAAAACAAAUUAACAUUUAGGCUAUUUUUUAUACAGUAUAUUUUGUAAAACAUGUAAAUUGCUAAUAAUA